CUAUCACAUCAAAAUAACCUCCAUAGUGAAUAAAAAGUACAAAUGAAUCACUGCAAAAAACCUAAAAGCAAAUAAAUAACCCAAAGCAUUUUAAAAUAAAAAAGAAAAUAAAUUUAAUAGUGUAUUUUGUGUAAAUUAUAUUUUUAGAAGAUAUAGUAUCGAGCAAGCAAGCAUGUACGAGCAUCGAAAUUGGCGGCUACGCACAAAUGGCCCUCCCAAAUUCACACUUUUCAAAUCUUCACCAUUCAAACCCUGAAUUUUCUUGUGUCAAAUCAGCCCUAAUUCAUUGAUUCCGUUUGGUUGCAUUUCAUUUCGAUCCCAAGAAGCAGGAAAUCAAUUUUUGUAUGGCGUCGUUCCGCAGCAGGAGGAGUCUUCCGUUUGCCUCUUCGCGUCUGCUGCAGAGCACGAACCCUGCGCAUUAUGGAGAUGUGGAAGGGUUUGGUGGGAACAGACUUCGCAGAUUUAGAACCAUUAUCACGACAGAGGAAAGGGUACAGAAAUUGGAAAAGGAUGGGAGCCAUAUAUUGCAAGAUGAAAUUGCCAAGAUUCGGCAUGCAUUUACUGCUGCGAAAGACAAGUUCCUUAAAAUACCAGAUGCGCUGAAAGAAAUGCCCAAAUUAGAUCCUAAAGGCAUAUAUGUCAAUAAGAACUUGAGAUUGGACAAUGUACAAGUGUACGGGUUUGACUAUGACUACACAUUGGCACACUAUUCUGCCAAUUUACAGUGCUUAAUAUACGAUAUGGCGAAAGAGUAUUUGGUUAAUGAGCUUAGAUAUCCUUGUAGUUGCUUGGAAUUCAAAUAUGAUAAUUCAUUUCCGAUACGAGGGCUGUAUUAUGACAAGUUAAAAGGAUGCCUGAUGAAGUUGGAUUUCUUUGGAUCAAUUGAGCCUGGUGGAUGCUAUUUUGGCAGGCGCAAGCUUACCCGAUCAGAAAUCGAUAACUUAUAUGGCACAAGGCAUAUUGGUCGUGAUCAAGCACGAGGACUUGUGGGUUUGAUGGACUUCUUUUGCUUUAGUGAGGCAUGCCUUAUUGCUGAUAUUGUUCAACAUUUUGUUGAUGCUAAGCUGGAAUUUGAUCCUUCUUAUGUUUAUCAAGAUGUCAACCAAGCAAUCCAGCAUGUACAUAGAAGUGGUUUAGUACAUCGAGGAAUCCUUUCCGAUCCACAGAAGUACCUUGUAAAGAAUGGACAGCUACUUUGCUUCCUGAGAAUGCUAAGAGAGAAGGGAAAGAAGCUUUUCUUAUUGACAAACUCUCCCUUUUAUUUUGUGGAUGGAGGAAUGAAAUUCAUGUUGCAGGACUCUUUGGGAGACCAAGACUCCUGGAGGGAACUUUUUGAUGUCGUGAUUGCUAAAGCCAACAAACCACAGUUCUAUACAUCAGAGCAUCCAUUUCGCUGUUAUGAUGUUGAAAAAGACACAUUGGCUUUUACUAAGGUGGAUGCUUUUCUUCCGAACAAGAUAUACUACCAGGGAUGCUUGAAGGCUUUCUUGCAAAUAACUAAGUGGAAUGGUCCUGAGGUGAUCUACUUUGGGGACCACUUAUUUAGUGACCUUAGAGGGCCUUCCAAAUCAGGGUGGCGUACAGCUGCCAUCAUUCACGAAUUGGAGAAUGAGAUACAGAUCCAGAAUGAAGAUAGUUAUCGUUUUGAGCAGGCGAAGUUGCAUAUCAUACAAGAAUUUCUAGGGAAACUGCAUUCUGCUGUGGGUAAGGGCGAUGAAUGUGAAGAGUACACGUCUCUUCUGCAGGACCUCAACAGUGAGAGACAGAAGGCACGUCAGACAAUGAAAGACAUGUUUAAUAGGUCCUUUGGAGCUACAUUCUUGACAGAUACAGGUCAAGAAUCUGCAUUUUCUUACCACAUCCAUCAAUAUGCUGAUGUUUACACCAGCAAGCCUGAAAACUUCUUGUUUUAUCGUCCCGAGGCAUGGCUGCAUGUUCCUUACGAUAUAAAGAUCAUGCCGCACCACGUGAAGGUAUCUUCGAGCUUAUUCAAUAGAUGAUCGAUGUAUACUUCAACACUCGAAUGGAAGAAAGAAGCAACGAUCUAUCAGUGCAGUAUCACUUUUGAGUCUGAAAUUGUUGCCACAUACAGAGUUGCUCAUUAAUCAAAGCAAUACUUGUGAAGAUUGUCUUCCACCAUUGCCGGCCAAGAUCUUUAAGCCCGUCACCGUGCAACUUCUAUCCAUUCAUCUAUUUUUUGACAACCGAGUUCAUAAAAUAUGAUCUCGUUUAGGUUGGAGAAUUUAUGAUGAUUUUUGAUGUUUAGUGUCACAAUAAUAUUGGAAUUAGUUAUAUAUGUAUAUGUAGCUUCCAAUGUCUGAUUAGCAUUGCAGCUUAGGAAUCAAUUUCAGAAAUUUUGUUUUGGUUUACAGUCUACAAA